AGAUUCUUGGAGAAGUAAAAGGAAAGAAGAUUGGAUCUUUACGUUGCCGAGGAUUGAAGCCACCAGUAAUUAAAGGCCACACAGCAGCCUUUAGAUACUGGUUUGAGGCAUUUGGACACUCUGGACCUUACAGUGAAAAUGUAGAAAUACGUGAGGGUAAACAGACCCUAAUACCAAGUGGUAACCCCAUGAAUGCUCUAGCUGUUAAAGAAACCAACAAACAGCUGGUUAAAAGGGCAAAGAGGCCAACAACUAAAGACACGAAAAAAGGAAGAGUACCAUACGAACCUAAAAGGGCCCCUCCAUUUACAAUAGAAGAACUACAAGGCAUGAGAAACUAUUGCCUGAAAUCAUAUGAGGGAAUUAGAGGAUUAUGGCUGUGGAAUGUCAUUAUAUUUUCUUUUGCUUUGUUUUUGAGAAGCGAGGAGCCUCUUCGUUUAAAAAUGAAGCACAUAAGUCUUCCAAAAAGUUUUUCAGUUGAAUCAGGUAAACUCCCUCGCAGACUAGAAGUACGCAUCCCUUGGUCUAAAGCUGACAGAAAGGCCAAAGGAGUGACAUUGACAUUGUGGUCAAACCCCAUAAACCCACAAUUAUGCCCAGUCAAAGCAUUAUUUUCUUGGUUUUUAAUAACAGGUAUCAAGAAAGGUUUCAUUUUUCCAAGGGUUUCAAGAAACAACAUGAAAGUCAUUGCUGGAUCAGCAAGAGGGGUUACCUACUACCGCAAAUGGUUUUCUGAAAUGUGCAAAAAUCGCUUUGGAAAGCAUUAUACCACACAUAGUAUCAGGAGAUCAGCAGCAAAGUGGGCUGCAAGAUGUGGUGCUGAUGACAGUACAAUCAAGCGUGCAGGAAGAUG